AUGGACUGGUACCUGGACGGACCGCGCGGGCAGUUUUUUUCUCCUUCCGACAUCCUGUUCGACGCUGUCACCCCCUUUUUCCGCUCUUCGACGAUAGUCUUCGACAGUUGUUCUCCAAAGCAACAACGAAAGCAGGAGGCAUCUUUGGCAGACACCAAGGUCCCGCAAACAUCCCGAAACGCCAACCACGACGCGGCAUCUUGA